UUCGAGAAAUUAGCGAAAUAUUUUCGAAAAAGUGACCACGUUCGCUUACGUCAGCAAUAUUUAUCGCCACCGAACCAGGUACGCUAACGUAAUGCAUACCGAGCUUUGGCGUCAGUGUCUUGAUUACCUCAAUAGGUAAAAAAAUAUUAAACGUGUGUAUUUUUUUUUUCAAACUACACAGUAAUUUUUAGGGUGUUUUCGAAAAUGAUGAGUAAUUGAUUGGAUGCAUCAGUGGACGCUGCCGGAGCCUUCGCGUCUCGAUUCAAGUGCAUUGGAGCUGUCUCGUUAUGGCUAAAAAAAUCGAAUGGUUUUUUAUUACCAUUCUGAAUGCCGGCAAAAUAAUCCUGAAAAGACUAAAAAUAACCAAACGAAAAUGUGUUCCUGACAGCCUGAGUACAGAUUCCGAAAGCAUAGACAUUUACUACCCGGAAUUCAUGAAUGAUAAAUUACGAGAAGAUAGGAUCUCAUCGUUGAUAAGCCAACUAUCAUUCAGCACGGCGACUCUAAGCGAACUCGGUAUCAGAUACAGUUUGGACACCAUUUAUACAUUCGUCGAUGACCAAAGCUCGGUUCAAGCCACUUUAGAAAAUUUAUACAACGAAAGGAUCGAAAUAGAAAAAGAAAAUUCUCAUUUUAACGAAAGCAUUGUUCGAGUAGAUAUAGAUUCGCCUCAUCUAGUUCAAAUAGCAGCUGUUUGAACUAUCCUUAUCUGUAUCGUUUACCCUGUAAAUUGUUGUAAGUUAAUAAAAAAAAAAACGCUAUGUAAAAUAUCAACUGUUAAAUUGUUGUUUUGAGGGAGGGUUGAAUCACAUGAAAUGUUGCUUCACCUAAGCCCAGAUAUUAAAGAAUCCAGAAUCGUA